AUUGAAGAUGUCGCGCGCGCGACGAGCCUCCGUAGCACUCGCAGCGCAUAGUAUCGUUGACACCUGUGCCUCCCACGACAGAAAACAGGAAAUACGUAUUUUCAAAUUAAUGAUCCUAGGAUCGCGAGCCAACGUAUCAUUCAUCACGAGCGAUAUGUCAGAGCUGUCGGCCUACAUUCGUCGUUUGUCGACGCGCUAGCGGGACGUUUCACGUGUAUACGCUUACAUUUCCUAACCUACAAUAGUACACGCAUACCUAUUUGUUUAAUUAAAAUAGCAUUAAAGAUGUCAUCCUCCCAUACGACGGAGCUGACCGAGCAAUUGGUUAAAGACUACGCGAGUUACGCAAAAGUGGACUGGAACAAUCAGGUGAAAAGUGUCCACGAUAUCAUAGAGGACACGCUGAUACGGCUGGAGGAGUUCCAAUCGAUUGUUUCAAUGGUGGAGAAUAGCAGCGCCGAAUGCAUGCAGCAACAUCUCCCAAAGUUACAGCACAUGAAGGAGGGUAUGGCAGCUCUUCGCAAGAGGAUCGACGCACUGGAGCACGUGGUCGCAAUGGCCAACAUGAAUUUGAGUACGCUGGAAGCUGCUGUGGACAAGGCCGAGGCUGACCUAGGUGUAUCCGACAGAUUAUUCGGGAUAUUAAACCCUUUAUCAUUUUUUAAAAAAGCUCAGGAACCUGUCGCAUCAAGUGCAAUGCCGACAUAUAAAUCGCCUAUAAUUUAUAGGUCUGAUGACUACUUUCAAAGGGAAUAAAAAAUGUGUAAGAGAAAGCUCGAGUUACCUGUUGUUGCGUUAAGAAAAGUAUUUAUAAUUUUACAUAGAUUAGAGUAAUGUUUAUGCCAGAAAACAAAGUUGAUUGAAAAACGUGACAAAUAAAUCUAUAACGGAUUUUUA